AUGUCUUGGUCGGCAGGCACCUCCUUCGACCGUCCACGCAGUAACAGUAAGCUCGUGCAGUCGCCAACGAGGGCCGACAGUAAUAUCAGUCCGACAAAUAAUGUGGACGCGGAGAAUGCAGUGGGUAGCAGCAGCAGCAGCGGGAGGAAGCGAAAGAGAGGGUCGUUGGUGGUGUCGGAAAGCGGGGAUGUGGGUGGAGGGGAUGAGAGCUUGAGGGCGGGCAGUAUCGAUGAGGGUGGUGAGGGCAGUCCGGCGUUGGGGAAGCAGAGACAUCAGCCGGGUGUCAAGAGGGCUUGCAAUGAUUGUCGGCAGCAGAAGCUACGAUGUAACGUCGUCGCUGGACCUGGCGACUACUACAAGGCUUGCGACCGCUGCAUCAAGCACAAGCUUAGUUGCUCCAUUGACAAUGACUUCAAGCGCUUGGGCAAGCGAGCUCAGCACGAGGAGAUGGCCAAGGAAUUGGACGACUGUAGAGCUCGACUCGCACAGUAUGAGUCGCUUGGCAUUGCCCUACCUGGUGACCCACGCCCUGGUUCGGGUUAUAAUCCUUCAUAUGGCUCUUCUCCCACGGCUGGCGCUCCCGUAGCACAAAUGGGAGGUCAGGCAUUCCUUGGUCCAAACGAAGCAGCGGCCUCACGUAGCCUCCUGGAUCUCAGUCAAGGCUAUCGAGAGCUUCCUCCAACAUCAUAUCCCAGCAUCACACCAGGGGCAUCCUCGAAGACACUUCGCAAUGUAGUCUUGUCUGAUGAACAGCUUGCAGAUCUGUACGGCAUCUACUUCAGUAGCUUUCACAACUUCCUGCCUGUACUGAAUCCACAGUGGACUCAUGCCGAGUACUACAACCUGCACCCGCUUCUGCACUGGACCAUCAUCGCUGUGGCGGCUCGUCGGUACCCUGCCAAGCCGAGUCUGCUUGUUGAGCUACAGCAGCCCUUGGAGGAGAUGCUGUGGACCACUUUGUCUCAAGUCCCGCAGGUUUACCAUGUCUGCAAAGCUUUGGCGUUACUCUGCGCAUGGCCACUUCCCAGCGCCUCCACCUCGCAAGAGCCGACUAUGAUGCUCACGGGUGUCAUGUUCCAGCUGGCUAUGCAGUAUGGCCUGCAUCGACCGAGUCAUGCUCAGGACUUCAGCCGCUUCCGUGUCGACCUUCGCGAAGAGGAUAUUGCAGAUCGCUUAAACACAUGGGCGACCGUCAACAUCGUGGCGCAGAUGGUUUCGACUGGCCAAGGUCAGCCACCACUUUCUCGAUGGGCAUGGUAUACUUAUGGCUUGCACCUUGACAGCAUGAAGCCUGAACUACACAGGCUCUGUCAGAUCGAGAAGUUUUGCGACACUGUAACGCGAACUCUCUUCACCAUGCAGCGCGACCACAUCGUAGAGGUAGAUGAGGCGCAGCGUGGACUGCAGAUCGACAUGUACGCGCGCGAGCUAAACGAGAUGGAGCUCACGAUCAUGUCAACCCAAGCAUCCCGCAAGUCUCAGCCGCACUUCCAAGGUCUGGAUCCUCAAUUGACAUCUUCCUCAGCAAUCGACGUCGUCUACCUCAAAGCAGCAGCCCUGCACCUUCGACUCACUGCAUUUUUCGACAAACCUACGGCGCCGAAUUAUCUCGCCGAUCUCCGCAAUGUAUACAUUGCAGCAUCUUCCCUCCUCACGCACGCUAUUGGUCUCCCGCCAGAGAAUUUCCUCUUCAUGCCUCGCUACAUCGAGCAAAUGAUGCUCGGCGCGGCCGUCACACUCCUCAAACUGCUCAACUCCUUUUACGCCUCCCACGUCGACAUCCCAGCUGGCCGAACCCUCUUCAGCAAAACCGUGGCUGCACUCCGCGAGCUAAGUGUAAGGAGUAACGACCUGCCGCAGCGCCUUGCAGAAGUCCUAGCGCAAUUGUGGCAGAGCAGUGGUGCAACGGAGCAGAAACUGUUCAAUGGUGAUCUAGGUCCUACAAGAACUGUGCCAGACGAAAGCUUGCAGCUUCGGGUCCGCUGCCGCUCCUCGUUAUCGCUACUAUAUGACGCCAUCUGGCGCUGGCGCCAACAAGUCGGCAACGAAGGCCGGCAAAACCUCGACCGCGCCGUCGAACAUCCUACCGCUAUCGCCUCAGGCACCGAUACCUCGCGCAAUACCCCUCAACCACCGCUCGGCUCGCUAGGACCUAACGGUAUGGGUCUCGUCGGCGGUGGCGGGCCUGCAGCUCCUUCCACGGGUCUGGGUGCGGGGCUGGGGUUGGACGGCGAUCUAGAUAUGAGCUGGGAUGCUUUUGGUGGGAAUGCGGUUUUUGAUCCGCUUAGUUGGGCGCUGGAUGGGAAUCUGCAGUUUGGGGGGUUGGGGUUUACGGGGACGGAGACGUUGCCUUCGUUUCAGGUGUAG